AUGAAUGUUGGAGUGGCGCAGGGAUCAAAUUUGGGGCCUAUACUGUUUCUCAUUUUUGUCAACGAUCUACCAGAUUACUUGCCAGAAGUGAAAAUCAUACAGUUUGUGGAUGAUACUACCAUUGAAAUCGACUCGCAUGACAUUGAAUAUAUACCCGAGCUGUCUCGUGCGUCACAGUCGAGGGCCCUGGAGUGGUUCAGCGCUAACGGGUUAAGUAUGAACCCCGAAAAAACACAAAACAUGAUGUUCAGCUUGAGAGAUAAGGGUGAACAUCUCAGCCAGGUUCCAACUGUGGGAUUCCUGGGGCUGCAACUUGAUGCUUCCCUCACUUGGGGUGCCCACGUGGAUGGCCUGUCAUCUACGUUAAUUGAAAAAAUUAUCAUUUGUUUCUCCAUUCCGUCAAAUUUAAACCGAUUGAAAAGAAUUAAAGAAACCAAGGAAAUGCAACAACUCAGAUCAAUACAAGGAAUCCGUUUUUUCAAUAUGGUGCUAGUUAUAUCAUGUCACCAUAUAAUGAUCACAUUCGUUGGCCCAGUUAGUAACACCAACUUUUUGGAAACCCUUACCGACAAAUUUGAGAAUAUCUUCUUCGCUUCAGGAGGUUACGCUGUACAAACAUUUUUCGUGAUAUCUGCUUGGCUUUUAUCCUAUCAUGUAUUGCUGAUAUUCGAAAAUGAAAAGAAAUUGAGACUGAAGACGUUAUUCUGGAUUUUCAUCAACAGAUACGUAAGGCUCACGCCAACUCUUGCUGUCGUUAUUGGUUUACAUGCCACAUUGAUGAAAUUUGCACCCAGAGGACCAUUCUGGGAUCAUAUCGUGGGCGAAGACUAUAGAAAUUGCAGGAGCAAUGGAUGGACGAAUUUACUUUAUAUAAAUAAUUAUGUAAACCCAAAAAAUAUGUGCAUGCAACAAACAUGGUACCUUGCCGCUGAUACACAGUUAUUCAUAUUAGGACUAUUUAUAAUGGCCUUGCUGAAAAAAAGGAGAAACAAUAUCAAACUGAUCCUAUCUGUCUGUUUAAUCAUAGGGAUAGCCUUACCUGGCAUACUUGCAUAUUGGAACUCGUCUGAUAUUCUCAUCAGAGCCUAUCCAGAAACAAUCUACAGGUCCUACCUCCAGGAUGAAAAUUGGCACCUUCUAUUCAGUUCUGGAUAUUCAAAUAUAGGAGCUUACAUAAUAGGAAUCAUUUUCGGAUACUUAUAUUAUUCUAACCGAUUUGAAAAUAUUCCCACAACUAGGAUCUUCAGAGUCUUAUGGUACAUUUCAACUUUCGGUCUAGGACUUACGAUAAUAGGAAUAUCUUACCCAAUGUACCAAAACUCUUAUGUUUAUUCGAAGUUGUCGUCGGCUAUCUAUUGGUCAUUUGGUCGAAAUAUCUUCAGUCUGGCGAUUGCAAUUGGAAUAUUUGGAAUGACAAGGAAGCUUGGACGACUCUGUCAUCGAAUUUGCAGUUGGACUCCUUUUGUGGUGCUAGGCAGACUGACUUAUUCUGCUUACCUGAUCCAUGUACUCAUCUUGAGAAUCAGAGCUUCCUCAUUGAUGUAUCCAAUUUACGUCGACAGAUAUCUUUUUGCAAUUGGAACUAUUGGAGAUGCAGCAACAACAUACAUUUUCGCAUUUUUGGUGUGUUUGCUUCUAGAAAUGCCUAUAAGUGCCUUGCAGAAACUAUGGAUUCCCCAGAAAAUAAAAGAGGAGAAAAAAUUAUCAAAUGGAUCAACGUUUCCAAUGAUCAAGAUUGAUAGUGUUGAUAAGGAAGGAGUUUGA